UUUCGGUGAGUUUUGCAACGCGAGACGAGUUCUAGCAGCGAUGCAUACAAAAAUCACAAACAAAACAGUACGUACAUGUUUUUUUUAACGCGGUACUCGCACCAAGCAUGCGAUAUGUAAGCGAAGUGAAACAAUUCUGAAAGAAGAUAUCCGUGUAAAAGAUAAAUAUGGAUUGCGAGAAAUCCACAGAAGUACAAAAUUUAUCGAUAACAAUAGAACAAAAAAUGUUAAAUGAGAGUACACUGAAAGACGAAAGCAGGUUGGAAGAUGAUAAUCACGUGCAGCCGGAAGAUGCAUUUAUGCAGGCAGAAGAUUCCUGCAACGUAGCAAAUAUUGAAACACUCUCGGAAUCUGAUGUAGCUCCAAUCACAAAUAAGGCUGACUCUCCUAUUCCUUCACAAUCACAUAUGAUAGGUGAUGCCACAAAAGAAGUUCCGGAAACGUCAGAGGAAGCGCAAAGUGAGAAAGAAGUAAAGAACACAGAACCAUCUAAUUCAGAAGAUAUCGAACCCAUGAGUCCUCCCUGUAUCGAUUACGAUUGGUCUGCGUCACCAAGACUACUGUGCACGGCUACUAAGGAGUACGAAUCUACAAGCAUGUUCGAGAAUUUCACGAAAGGCUGCCAAUGGUCCCCAGACGGAACGUGCUUGCUUGUGCCAUCGGAAGAUUUCAGAAUACGUAUUUACGAGCUUCCCAGAGAGUUGUAUUCCGGUAAGGUUCCACCCGACUUUAUGGAGACAAAUUUUACGCCUGCUAUAACUGUCAAGGAGGGUGGCCUCGUAUACGACACUUGCUGGUAUCCGUUCAUGAAUUCGUGGCAGCCUGCAUCGUGUUGCUUCCUCAGCACCAGUAAAGAGAGCCCUGCUCACUUGUGGGAUGCAUUUACGGGAGAGCUACGGGCGACUUAUCGACCUUACAAUCAAAUGGAUGAAAUAGAGGCAGCUAUUAGCGUUCAAUUCGUAGAUUCGGGAAGAGAGAUAUGGUGCGGCUUCAAAAAUGCUGUGAGAAUCUUCGACACGAGCUAUCCCGGACGUCAGACGAGCACCGUUGAAUUUAAACACGAUUUUCCAAGUAUGAUCGGCUUGGUCUCGUGUAUUCGUGAAAAUCCAAUCAUGCCAGGCCUGGUUGCCGUGGGCACGUAUUCCAAGUGUAUCGGUUUGUACAAGGACGCACCAUUGUGCACUUUCAAGACCGCGAGCGGCGUCACGCAAGUCGAAUUUAGCUCCUGCGGGACCAAACUGUUUUCCGCGUGUCGAAAGAGCGGCGAAUUCCUGUGCUGGGACCUCCGUAAUCCUGGCGACGUUCUUCAUUCGUUCGAGGGCAGACAAUCGGACACCAAUCAAAGGAUACAGUUUGACGUUACGUGCAACGGCAAACGGAUGAUCUCUGGUGGUACUGAUGGAAAUAUUACUGUAUGGGAACUGCCAGACGUCACGGAACACGGUGAAAAUUUGAACCCAAAGUACAAGAUAAAAUUAUCUGAGGAUUGUAUAAAUGGAACGAGCUUGCACAAAACUUUACCGAUACUAGCAACCAGUUCCGGACAACGUGGUAUCGAGACCGAGCACAAAGAAAACAGCGUAAAACUAUGGGGGGUCCUUUGACAAGACAUCACGCGACUGUAAAUACUUGAUUUUGUCGCUCAGUUAUUACUGAGACAGUACUCGCGCUGACUUUAUCCAAGAAUUUGUGGAUAAAAAGGACAGGACAAUUUUGCCAACACUGACGAUAAGCGACAGAACAGUCUGUAUGUAUCAUAUGUAUUUAUAGAGUUAUGUCGUUAGUAUUCAUACGUCUGUAAAUAUAUAUAUAUUAGGAUAUUAGUAAU